UAAAGCAUGAAAUGCGUGGCAUUUAAUCAAUUGAAGUGACUUUUAAUACAAUAUUUAAUUAAAUAAAUCAUUUGUUUUAUCAAUAAUUAUAGUCACAAAUGAGUGAAAGUAAUCUUCCCAUUGAUAUUCACACCAAUAAACUGUUGGAUUGGUUAAUAAGUCGAAGACAUUGUCCUAAGGAAUGGCAGCAGUCGUUGACAGAAAUCCGUAAUAAAAUCAAGUCUGCAAUUGAAGACAUGCCACCCAAUGAUAAUAUUACACAAUUGUUGUCUAAUAACUACAUCGAGUAUUCAGUUUGUCAGAAGAUAACGGAAGUGUUGAAAGUGACUGAAAAAGAGUCAAAAAAUGUUUUCGGAUAUUAUUCAUCUCAACGGAUGAAAGACUGGUUGGAAAUCACAAAACUCUAUGAAAAGGAUAGCAUUUAUUUAGCCGAUUGGGCUCAGAGUUUGAUCCGCAAUGUUAACUAUGAAGUGCCAUCACUUAAGAAACAAUUGGCUAAAUGUCAGCAAACUAUUGAAGAAUGUGAAAAAGGAGUUGAAGAUUGUCUUAAACAGUCUAAUGCUUACAAAAAUGAGUACACUUUGUCUGCAAAUAAUUUAGGAAUUACUGGACAAAAUAUAAAAGAAGAGUUAACGGCUCAACUCAAUGAUUUGCCCACAAAAUUGGAUAAAAUAUAUAAAGAAAUCCCAGAAUUAUCUCUCGUUAAAGAUUAUUAUCAGACAUUCUUAUCGUUUACUCUCAAAAAAGACAAAAUGGAUUGUUUAAAAGUAUUGUGUUAUUUGCUUGAGAGGGGAAAUACCACUUAUUUUGAAUAUCGUACGGGUAUUGUCCCCGAAGUUAUUGAAGAAUUUAAAUCUACACUUUGUUUUAGUGAUGAUAACGGUGUUAACUCAGAUGCAGGCAAUGAUAAUAUUGAUUUUGGCGAUGGCAUUGAUUUUGGUGACGACACGGCUAGCACUGAGACUCCUUCCACUGGAAACGGAGAUUUCGUUCAUAUUGAAAGGGAUGACUUAUCUUCUGAACAAAUAGAUUUUGGCAGUGAUGGUGAUGGCAUUAAUUGGGAUAUAACGAGUGGACCCAAUGAUGAAAUAAAGUCAUCUGACGAUAACAUUGGAAAUGUUGCCAAAGGAGAGGACGCACAAAGUGUUCUCAUGAAUACAAAUUCAAGAAAUGAUUUCAUUAAUGAAUUAAUUGAAAUCGAGGGUUUUCUUGAUCAGAGACUAUUUGAGUUGCGAUCCGAUGAAGAUAUAGUGUCUUCCAAUCAGUUUCAAAACGCUCCGCCAUUGUUACAGUUGACAACUCCUGAUGGCGUCUCAGCAAUGCUUGAAGCAGUCAAAAGACUUUUAGCAAAACUAAUGACACCCAAAAUGAAAGUUCUUUAUUAUAUGAAAGAUAGCACUAAAUACAUUGAAAAUGUAUCACAAAAGCUGAAACAUAUCGAGACUUUAUCCGAAAGAGCUGCUAAUCGGUCGAAACUUUUUGAAAGCAAACGAUUGACAGCUAUUGAAAAUAUGAGACAAAUUGAACCUAAAAUUCCACUUCUUAUUAAUCAAACUCGAGAUUUGCAACGAAAGAUUGAAAGCGAUAUUUCUAAACGUUAUAAAAACAGAUUUGUUAACAUUAUGGGAGGCAUACAAGUUUUAUAG